AUCAGCCUCCUCUCCGACUACUUUUUGUGUUGGGAUAAAAAAAAAACUAAGCAGGAAAUGUAUUUGUUUCGGUUCGUACAACAGUUGGAAAACGUAUAAUGUGGCCGAGGAAAGAGAUGUAAAGUGCGGUGUUCAUCCACUUGUUGAUUGAGUAAGACUCGCGGUUAGCUGGCUAGCUCUACCGGCACACGCACUUAUAACACAAGAUUGGACGAAUGUAACCUUCAGUAUGAGCACAGCGAAACCUUUAUGACUAACUGUUAAUCUGUAAUUCGGAUUUACGACUCGAAUCCGGGCGGUUGCGUUAUCGACAGUCAGUCAGUGAGCGUUUGUUAUUGUUAAUUAGGGAACAAUUGAUGGCGAGACAAACUUAAACGGAAUCCUUUAGCUAAUGCUAACAUAAUGAAAGGGAUUAACGUUAGAUAAACCAUAAACAAACAAGACUAUAUAUUUCGGUCCAUCGCGGUUUGGUUCAAGAAUUGAAACAAAACUAUUUACGUUUGCAAGUUGGUUUUGUAAAUGUACUCUCCUCCACUUUAUUACUAAACAGUGGAUUUAAAUGAUGGACAGCGCCUCGUCCAGAGGAGAAAACAAGGCAACAAAGUAUCCAAGAGAUGUUCACGUGGAAUAGCAUCAACAGCUGCUCUUAAUGUAGAAGACUAUGUAGGAUUUUGACUUUUGGAAUCAAUUUUUUAUAACACAAAAGACUACCAUUCUGUUAUUUGAGAGACAGGUUGUGUAUGCAAUGGACACGAUCAACCAAUAUCCUGUAACGUUAGACUCUGGCUUUCCUGAAGGAGAUCACAGGAUGUUUUACAGUUCGGACAGAUCUGGGAGUUUUGAUGAACAUCAUGGUAAUGGUGAGGGAUGGAAAGCGGUGGAUGUGACCCUUACUGGGGGCGCACCAUGGGGUUUUACCCUGAGAGGUGGACUGGAGCAGGGAGAACCUCUUCUUAUAACCAAGGUGGAAGAGGGCAGCAAGGCCACAACCACAAGACUGCAGGUUGGAGAUGAACUUGUCAACGUCAAUAACAUUUCUCUCAGCGGCUACAGACAAGAGGCCAUCUGCCUAAUCAAAGGAUCCCACAAGACUCUCAGCCUGAUGGUGAAAAGGAAGAUGAAAAUGGUGGAUAUUGUAGCACAGAAAAUGCCAUCAGAGAGCGACGUGCAUAUGGCCCGGAGCUUUCUCACGAAGAUUUUGCGAAGUUCCAUGAGAAAGAACCGAUUUAAAGGGAGAAAUGAACCCAUGAGCAGACCUCACUCCUGGCAUGCCACCAAGUUCAACGAGAGCCAUUCAGAAGCCAAAAACCAGUCCACACCCUCACCGGUCUGGCAAACAAGAAAUGAUGCAAGUUCAUUCUCUUCUGAACUCUCAGCCGGCUGGGAGCAAACAAAUCUACGGAGAGUAUCCGAUCAGUUCAGCUCUUUGGGUAGUAUGGACAGCCUAGAGCAUAGCUCUCAUCCCUGUCCACCUGGUCGUCUUUCCCCAAGCAAGUCCAAUAAUAACAGCACUGAACAUUUGGGUGGUGGUAAACGAGACUCUGCAUACAGCUCCUUUUCUACAAGCUCAGGAACCCCAGAUUACACACAGUCCAAAAUUAACACUGCUUCCACUGAGAACAUGCUGUACAAAAUUAAUCAGUGGGACUCAAGUGGCAGGCACAGCAAUGGCAGACAUAGCCAAAGCCUAAGCAAUGGGGUACGACAAGAUGAGAGGCUUGGAUACUUGCAGCAUCUCUCAAAUUCAGUUAGCCAUGAGAUCCCAAAAGCUGAAGAACAGCCAGGCACUCGGCAUUCAAGCUCUGGAAGAGUUAGUGUUGGACCUGUCUGGCAUGUCCCAGAUGUGAAGAAAAAUAUAGUAUCCUCCACUCCACCUCCCACUCCACCGACACGCAGUGAUAGUUUUGCAGCUACCAAGGUACAUGAGAAGGGUUUGAUCACAGGCUCCUCUGAGGGCCUUGGUGUUCACGCCCAGUUAAAGCCUCAGGUAAAAGCAUUGCAAAAGGCAGGAGAAACUCAUGAAAGCAUGCAGAGGUCUCACCAAGUCAACGAGACAGGUCUUGAGGGUCGACGCGAUUAUAACCUGCCAUCCAAAAAUGAUUCCUCAAAUCCCUACAUUUCAUCCGAUGCCCAUCAUCAGUAUCCACACCAUAUGUCAUCAGACAAGACAUACUCCCUAUCAACGACAGAUGUCAGAGAUAGACAUCAAUCCUAUGCCCAUGUUCCAUACCAUCCACGGCAGUACAGCGAUGAGGGCACUUUCCACGCUCAAACUAGGACAAUACCAGCACUGAAACCUCCAUUCAGUGGCUACUUUAGCAGUAUGCAGGAGCUGUCCACAAACAACCACAUGCAACUCAAUAGCCACAAUCAAACUAGAAGGCCAGCUGCAUCACUGUCCAGUCACGUUGGAGUUACCUCUCAUCAUAUCGCUCAGGGAAUGUCCCAGGCUUCUUUAGUGAGAGUUGAUGACUCUAAAGCUUCUUCAGUCUCGGAAAUGUCACACAGUGGACAGGACAGGAUGUCCAUAGGUUCACAAGGAGGAGCAAAAGACCGCUAUUUCCCACCUCAGUCACAGCACCAUGAUACAGAUCAUAAAGACAAUAAUGCCUCCUUCAAACAAAUUGACAUCUAUCAUCGCAGAAUGAUGAGCCAAAAGCAACACCAUGUGUCUAGCUCAGAUGAGCAUUCUGGUAGUUAUCCCCCCAGUAAGAAACCCGAGCACAGGAGAAGUGCUGUUCAUCUCCAUCUUAAAGAGUACUCACAACAACCCUUUCCAACUAAAAGCGAGUCAAAGAUAUGUCCCCAGAAAACACCUAUGCUUUAUUCUCUGGCCCAAGAGCACAAUGGCAUGGAGGACUGUCAAGAGGAGAUCAACAGUGGAAGUGCACAACAGGAAGCCCUUGACAGUCAGAGUGGCAAACAUGCAAGACGAAGUGACCGAUUUGCCACCACCUUGCGCAACGAGAUCCAGAUGAGGAGAGCCCAGCUUCAAAAGAGUCGAAGCGCAGCCACUUUAGAAAGUCCGGUUGAAGCUGUAGAAGAUCCUGCUGUCUGGAAGACCACUGGAACUUCUUCUCCCUCCUCGGAUGGCUGCUUUUCCAGCUCUUAUAAAGACCAUCUGAAAGAAGCCCAGGCCAGAGUCCUCCAGGCUACAUCCUUUAGGAGAAAAGACCUUGAGCCAGUCUUGUUUGAGCAUCCAGGUACUGAGGGUCCCACUCGGAAAGACACACCUCCGCUUCCAGGUGUCUCCGAGGUCCCACCUAGCAAACCCACCUCAGUGAGUAAUCAGGUGCUUCGCAUUGGUAGCCGCAAACGAUUUUCUGCAGAAAAGAAAGUUCGGUCUUUUUCUGAGCCAGAUAAUAUUCAUGAAGUAGGAGCUAAUGAGCGCUCCAGUGUGCCUGAUAAUGCUGCACCCUUAGAAAAUCGGCACAGAUUAUUUGAGGCAGCGGGGAAACCAGCUUUCCCUAAACCUAUGCCAAAGCAAAACCUGCAGAUAUCUGAAGACACGAGACUGUCCAAGUCUGGAGGCAUGCAUUAUUCUGCAAGGAGUGACACAGCAGGGCAGAGUAAUAGUGAAAGCUCAACCCCCAUAGAACACCACCUUAACGAAGGUCAGGAUGGCCCUCACUCGGUGAACCAGCAAGCCAUGCUAGAACAACAGCGACUUGGCACCUUUGCGGAGUAUGAGGCCAAAUGGAACAUCCAGAGGAAAGCAGCCGAACCAAGGGUAUCUGGACGAUAUCACUCCGCUGAUAACAUCCUUGAUACAGGGAAUGAGAGACCGAGUAAACCCACCUGUGUGCAUGAAAGAUCUAGAUCCUCCCCUUCUGCUGACUUCUAUGGGCAGAAACUUCCAGUUCAAGAAAAGCAGUCAGCUGACUAUUCCAAACCUGAGACAAAUCUCUGCGAACAGGAUAAGAAUAGUACAAGCCACUGGUUCUAUACAUCCAGCAGGUUACAUGAAAAAGGAUACAGUGAACUCAUAUGCAAGGAGAAACCAGAAGCACCUCCUUUGGCUUUGACUGAAGACCUGGAGAAAAAGGCUUUAGAUCCUCCAUCCAGUCAUCAUAAAACUGCACUGCAUUUCUCUGACCAUAACACUCGCAGUGAAUCUUCAGCCCUCUCCAAAAACAAGAUCUCUGUUCUCUUGCCCCAUCUGGAGAAGUACAAAUGCCCUGAGGGCACACCUCCUCCUCUUAGCAAAUUUCAGGAGGUCCAGCCUGGAUCACAAGGAGGAGUCUUGGCCUCACUUUCUCCUAUCAACAAUCAAAGUUCCGCCCCUCUUUCAGUCUCUGUUCCCUGGAAGGGUUCAGAGCACAGCAAAGGGCCAACCAGGGAGGAGGAGCUACAAGAAGAGCUUGUGCCUCCUCCCUUUCCACCUCCUCCUCCUCCAGCUGUCCUGCCCACCCAACAAACCGCUGGCCCGACCCAGCCCACCAUGGAGGGGCAGCGUUCACCCUCGCCCCAGUUUGCUCCCCAGAGGCUGACUGACAAGCCCCCUGUCUCUGUCUCCAUACAGGAUGAUGCUCCUGGAAGGAUGGAUAGGGUUACAGAUGAGAACACGUCAGUGAAGAAAGUUCCCAUUAAGAUUGUUCACUUCGAGAGUGACACUGAAAAAGAAAGUCGACAAUAUCUCGACCUGCCCAUGGAGACCCCUGUCAGCUCUCAAGGACCUGGAGUAACUCCUCUUCAGAGUUUGGGGAACCCGGAUCAUUCAUACUCUCUGUUCUGUACUUACACCAGGCAAAAGGACCAGGGGCCUGGUCUGAGAGAAGCAGAUAUGGGUCCUCUGAAAGACCAGGGUCCACAAACCAACAUGAACCCAGUAUCUUAUACGUUACAUGGCCUGCAGACGGCCCCUUCAUCAGAUCAAAGCAGCAACGGAGUGUCUUCACAUCUCUCGCAGUCAGAUGAUGACGAGAAAAGAAAGGAGCUGGCUAGAGACAUAAUGGACAAGGACAAGUCCCUAAUGGACAUUUUAGACCAGAGUAAGCUGAAGACCACCAUGGAUCUGAUGGAGGGGAUUUUCCCUCAGGGAGAGCAGCUACUGGAGGAGGCCCAACAGCGCAGGAAAGCUGCACCUAAACAGCUCUCUCCUCGCAACUCUGUGGAGAAGAAAGAGGAGGAAAGCCUGGUGGCAGCCACUGCUUUAGUGAGUAAUUCAACCUACUACAGUACAUCUGCACCCAAAGCAGAGCUGCUGAUUAAGAUGAAGGACAUGCAGGAACAGAGUGUGGAGCACAACUCCGAGGAGGAGCUGGAGGAGGACAAUGAAAGUGAUCUUGCCAGCAAGAAGCAUGAUUUGAUUGACAGUCUCAGCAAGAAGUUGCAGGUGCUGAGGGAAGCUCAGGAGAGUCUUCAGGAGGAUGUGCAGGACAACAACGCUCUUGGGGAGGAUGUGGAGGCCAUCGUACAGGGUGUCUGCAAGCCUAAUGAACUUGAAAAGUUCCGUAUGUUCGUUGGAGAUCUCGAUAAAGUGGUCAACCUUCUGCUGUCUCUGUCUGGACGCUUGGCUAGAGUAGAGAAUGCCCUGAACAGCCUGGAGGAAGACGCUUCACUGGAGGAGAGGCGUACACUGACAGAGAAACGCAAACUUCUGAUCCGUCAACAUGAGGAUGCCAAGGAGCUGAAGGAGAAUCUUGACAGGAGAGAACGGGUGGUCUACGACAUCCUGGCCAGCUACCUGUCAGAGGAGAAUAUGGCUGACUAUGAGCACUUUGUGAAGAUGAAAUCAGCCCUUAUUAUAGAGCAACGCAAGCUCGAGGACAAGAUCAAACUGGGGGAGGAGCAGCUCAAGUGUCUGAUGGACAGUCUCCCAAUGGACCAGAGGACAAGCAACUGAGGACUUGAAAAACAGUUCAUGCAGUGAUCCACAGCAACUCGCUUGACGUCGCCCUAAAUAACAGGGUUCCAAAGCAGUCCUUAAUGUGGUCCAUUUACUGCCAAUGGAACUGCAUUCUGCUCCUUGUCUGCCCCGGCAGACAGCAGUUUGGCAAGACUCAUGAAGACCCUGAAAGUGCUGGGCACUUUUAGAUCGUGAUUUGACCAAAUCACCUGUCAGCUGAUCUUAUACUUUCAUGACCUUUCAAUGAUACACAACCCGUAGAAUUAUAUGGUGAAAUAAUAAUAAUUUUUAAAAGAAGCUUUUAAUUUUUUCUCACAUCUGGUUAAAUAGAUCAUGCCCUUUUUGGCCCAAUGUGCUCUCAAAACUUGACACGCUGUACAGUAUGUCUUGCUCACUCACUGUGCUGUAUCUUUGUAACCACUAGAUGGCAAUGAAAGACACCUCAAAAUGUUUAUGCCUGAACGCCAAUACAAACAUUUGUGAUUCAAACAUACACCCAAAUCCCGGUGGCAUAAAGCUUUGCACAUGUAAGCUGUAUUUCUAUUUACUCCAGGCGAUUGUAAUUAACUUCCGAAAGUGACUUUUUGAUGGUGCAUUAUUUCAAUUGACGUGUCACUAUCCUGGUCAUGUUAAAAGUAAAUCAAUUAUAUUUUUAGUAAUUUAUUUUAGCCUUUUGAAUCUUUGUAUAUAACUAGAAUAGGCUAGAAUUGUACUCUUUCACUUUAUUUUAGCCAAGCAAACUACCACUUUAGUCUGCGCGCUUUUUAUAGAUGUAUUUCACCAUACAAUGCAUUGUAACAUCAGCAUUAGGAUUGACUAAGUAUUCCGCUGUUUAAAGAAUCUAGACUUGCAUAAACUCUAAAACAUUAUUUCACUAAGGAUCCAAUGCUUGUCUAUAAAAUACCAGCUGCCUUUUACUCCAAGUCAUGUGUAUGUGUCAUUUAUAAUUUGUUCUGUAAGAUAUUUGUGGUUUGAUGUUUUAUGGGGUCAGAACAGAUUCAAAAUGAAUUUAUUCAAGAGGGAAAAAGAGCAUCAUAUACAACUUACAUCUUACACGGCAUGUAAUAUAUUAAGUAGUGACAAUAUUGCAGAUAGCUAAUGAAAAGCAGCAUCAUGAGUGUAUUGCAUUUGACAUUAUCCCUCUUAAUUAUUAUAUUUCACUGUCACACAAGUGUUUUUCUUAAAAGAUGCAUUGCGUAGAAAAGACAGCAUGUCUGUCUUGAUUGUCGAGUUGAACGUAGCCAAAAUAUAACUGCUCAAAUUCCACAAAUAUGUGAUUUUUAGUUGCUUUACCAGUGACAUUAUUUUGGAGGGCUUUUAAAGCAUGCAAUGAAUUCCUGUCUUUCAUGCGACAGCUCAGGAUGCUCACCAUUACUAUAUACUAUAUACAUUACUAUUACUACUAUUCAUUGUUUCCGAUAACAUUGUAGAAAUAGCACAUGUAUUUGUCAAUCAAGAUUAAUUUAUUCUACAAACAAAAGUGUCUGAUAAUCUGUGAGGUAAAAUACUUUUUAAUAUGACUGUUCCGCUUAUGUAAGUGUACAUCAUUUUAAAUAUAGCAUGAUUAGUUUCUUUUUUUUUAGGUGUUGAACUUUAAUUACAUGGAGUUUUUUCCACAAUCCAGAUCAAAGGAAUGAUGUUUUAGUGUUAUUAUAGUGGCAUGUUCCUACAACAUUAUUUGUA